AUGAAAAACACAACUCCCUCACCUCGAGACGGCUAUGACAUCGCGCUAUACGGGAUAUCCGACGGUACAUUCUACGGGAUCCACAUUCCCGCAAUAAUAUGUAUCGUCACGAGCUUCACGUGCGCAGUCGUAACCCUUGUUCUGUCCUUCUGGAGCAAGAGUUACCGAACGUUUUUCUCGAGUUGGUCAAAAAGUGACAGGUUUGUGGUCUACAUGGCUAUGUGUGAUGGACUGUUCAAUAUGUCCCACUUUUCUGACCACAUGCACAUAUUGAUUGCAAGAAGCCAUGUUUACCCUAGAGGUCUGUGUAAAUUCUAUGGAUUCAUGUUAGUAGAAUUUACCUCUGCACAGGUGAUGCUGGUGAACAUUAUUGCAAUAAAUGCUUUUGUUUUAAUAAGAACGGACAAAAAAAUCAAGUUUGGAACGAGAGACUGGCGUCUCCUGUUGUGGACAUUCGGCGCUCCGUUUGUCGGUGCAACAAUAGCUGCAGGACUUGAACAGUUUGGUCCAAACGGAACAUCCUGUUACUUUGAUGCAGUGAAAGGCAGUACAGCCCAGAUGUGGUUCACCACUGUACCUAUACUUCUCAUCUUUUCUACUAACGCCGUUCUCUACUUUCUGACAUGGCUCAGAAUACGUCAGGAGACAGAAAUAAUAAUGCAAUCACUUGGAAACCAGUGCACUUCUAGAAAGGCCAGUAUACGUGCGGCCCAGACCAUGUUGCUGUUUGUGGUGGCCUUCUUCAUCCAGUGGGGGGCUUUGAGCCUCUUUGGACUAUGGAACAUAAUUACGGCAAAGGUCCCACAGCCAUUAUAUUUCAUUGUUGUCAUACUUUCAAACAUUGGAGGUGUCCUAAACCUCGUUGUUUUCUUGAUUAUACGACGCCGACAGCAUGGGACUGGAAAGUCCGACAAAAAGAUCAACACUCCUGACACCAAUAGUUCUACCUCGCGGUUGUAG